AACACCAACGAGGUUAUUAAUUUCUAGAUCAUUUUCGGAUUAACCGCUUACUUUACCACAAUAGCACCGAGCAUGUCUCUCGGGUACUCAGCAGUUGCGCUUCCGGGGCUCACCGAUCCUAAAUCGAUGUAUUUUUUGGAUAAAGAUCAAUCAUCGUGGUUCGUGAGUAUUGCAACAAUUUCAACGCCAAUCGGUUGCUUCUUAAGUGGCCCAAUUUCGGAUAAAUUUGGGAGAAAAGUUAGUUUAUUAACGGUCAACGUCGUCACAUUCAUCGGAUGGGUCAUCAUCACUUUAGCCCCGAAUUUUCCAAACUCCUUUUAUUCCGUGUUAUUAAUCGGCCGGGUAAUCACCGGAUUAUCAACCGGAUUAGCCAGCAUGCCGGCGGCCGUUUAUAUGGCGGAAAUAUCAUCCCCUAAAUUAAGAGGGAUGUUCACAACAGCCUCUGCAAUCUUUUUUUCGUUAGGAAUUUUGGUCGUUUAUUUUUUAGGAUUUCUAAUGCCAAGUAAUUGGUCGAAAAUAUCGUUAAUCACCUCGAUUUUUCCCGUGAUAUCAAUGACGAUAACGACGUUUUUUCUACCGGAAAGUCCGCAAUGGUUGAUCGCGAAAAACAUGGAUCUCGAAGCCAAAAAGAAUUUAACGAAAAUCUUCGGGUUGGGCGAAACGACCGGAUUAGUCCAGGAUGAAAUUCUUGCGUUAAUCGGAAAUCGAGAUCAAAAUCUCGCUCGAAAUCCCAAUAAUAAAAAAUCGUCGUUUUUACGUUCCGUUUUGAAAAAAAUUCGUCACUUUCAAAAACCCGCUUGUUAUAAACCGUUUGUAAUCGUGUUAUCGUAUUUCUUUUUUUUGCAAUUUUCGGGGACUUUUGUAAUUAUUUUUUACGCGAUUGAUAUUGUUAAAGAGGCGGGUGUUAUUUCGACGGAUCCUUAUUUAAUUAUCGUUUUAAUCGCUUCGACUCGUUUAGCUGGGGCGAUUUUGAUAAGUUCGAUAAGUAAGAAAUUGGGGCAUCGCCCCCCAUCGAUUAUUUCCGGCGUUGGGAUGACGCUUUGUAUGAUAACUUUGUUUAUUUAUUUAUACUUGAUUCAUUUAGGCAUCAUUGGGGAUGAUUUAAAAACAAAAUUGUCUUGGUUACCUAUUUUUUUGUUGGUUUUUUACUUUUUUACAACAACUUUGGGGUUUUUAACGGUUCCUUUUGCGAUGGCAGCCGAGGUUUUUCCCACAAAAAUUCGCGGAUUAGCGACUGGCUUAGUGACGUGUUUAGCGUAUGGUUUUAAUUUUAUUAUUUUAAAAUCCUACCCCACUAUGUUGAAGUCGAUGGGAAAUUAUGGAGUCUUUUGCUUUUAUGGUGUUAUGAGCUUUAUUGGAACGAUUUUUAUUAUUACUUGUUUGCCAGAGACUAAAGGAAAGACUUUGAGUGAAAUCGAAGAGUAUUUUAGUGGGAGGAGAGGAUCGAAUCGUAUCGAUAAAAGUUAAAAAUACUCACAUUUUAAUAAAAUACUCGUUUUAAAUUUGUAUGUAGAUAAUUUAUUUUUAUAAUUAUAUAAAAUUAAAUAAUUUUUAGGGAUUUUUUAACUUGAACAUUAAUUUAGAUUUAAGGUUGGUCAUCCUGCCCCAAUCAGUCCGAAUAUGACAACAAUAACUUCUCAAAAAUUAUCUUAACCUCACUUUCAAAAUUAAUAAUAAUAAAAAAUUAAUACUUGCAAUAUAUCUUAA